CCGUCAUCGCUCGGAGCGCCCAUUCAUCUCUUCACUUGGGCGUUGGACUGUGCAUCUUAAUAGCAAAACGGGAAAUUUCUCCAUUUUGCAGCUUAUCUGCAGCGACGCGACUGAUCGGGGAUUUUAUUACUUGUUCUUUAGGCUAUCAGCUUUUUCCUGCUCUCCGAAAAAAAAAAAAACCUCAGUGGCACUCAACUGGACUUUGAUUUCACGUUUUCCCCAGUGAACUUUUUUUCCCCCUUUAUGUGCAGAGGGAGAAAGAGAGAGUGAAAGAGGGGAGACAGCAGCGAAGAGCUUUGCGUUGCAACAAAGAGGCUUGUGGGGGUCUUUGUUCCCUUUUUGUGUGUGUGUGUGUGUGGUGAUCGGUUGAGUUUCUUUGUUGGAGAUACAAGCAUGGGAGCGCAAUUGUCCAGGGCAGCCGUUAAGGCUGAAAAGCCCGGAGAGGCUGUUGCUUCUUCGCCCAACAAGACCAACGGACAGGAAAACGGACACGUUAAGGUGAACGGGGAUGCCUCUCCCGCCGCAGCCGAGAACGGCAAAGAGGAGGUGCAGGCCAAUGGCAGCGCUGCGGCCGAGGAGAGUCCCAAGGAGGAGGACGCCCCCGCGGAGAAGGAGGCCGCGGACGGGGAGAAAGUAGAGGCGGGGUCGCCCGCCCCCGCCGAGAGAGAGGCGGCAAAGGUGGAGGAGGAGGGCGCCGCCGCCACCCCGUCUGCCAGCAGCGACACCCCGAAGAAGAAGAAGAAACGCUUCUCCUUCAAGAAGUCGUUCAAGCUCAGCGGCUUCUCUUUCAAGAAGUCCAAAAAGGAGACCGGGGAUGGAGCAGAGGGCGAGGAGGCCGCCGCGGCUGCUGUUGAUGACGCUGCCGCUGCGGCAUCCGCAGAGGAGUCCAAGGCUGAGGGCACGGAGGAGACCAAGGCUGCCAACGAGGAGGUCAAGCCCGCCGAGGGGGAGGCCGAGCCCGCCAAGGAGGAGGUAGUGGUCAAGCCAGAGGUGGCAGAGAAGCCCGCCGAGGAGGCCGCGCCUGCCCAGGAGCCAAAGGCAGAGGAGCCCGCGGCGGAGGAGGAGAAGCCGGCCGAGGAGGCACCCACAACGGAGGAGGCCGCACCAGUCUCGCAGGAGGCGUCGUCCGCGGCAGAGGCCCCGGCCGCCACCACAGAGGCUACCGAAUAAGUUCCGACGAGGAAAGAAGGGAGAAAUUUGAAAAUGGGGAAAAAAAUGAGAGAAAAAAAAGAAAGAUAAUCAAAGAACAUUUCCCUGUUUGUAUGUUGGAGUGAUGCCAGGUCCUGGCGUUGAAGAACUUGUCGACAACAAGGGAUAUUUUAAAGCUUUUCUUUAUUUUUUUGAUUUGUUUUGUUUCCACUCCCCCAAACCCCCCCCCCCCCCCCCCUUUACACAAAACCCACCUCGACCCCUUGUUACUUCCAGUUCAACGGGCUCUAAGAAGGUGGGUGGCUACAAUAUGUACAACUGAUUAAAUCCAUCCACACGCAGUGUUACAUCUUCUUUUCUUUUUGAAUUUUUAUACAAUUUUUAAACAAAACGGUAUAGACAUGCCCAUGGUAUAACUGGGAUGAGGGGGGGGGGUUAGACUAUUGAGAAAAGAGUAGUCUAACAAAAACACGAGACCAACAUUGGUACACGCCCGUACGGUUUCUGCAACACUACGUCAUUUUUUUUUUUUUUAACAAUAAAAACGUGAAAAUCCCAGAUCUAGAUUUAUCUUUUAGGAAGUCAUUUAAAUGCAUAGGAGCUCUUCACUUCUCAUUAGCUGUACCAGUCAGUGAUUCAGUAGAAACACCAGUUGUAUAGACUUUAUUGUUUACUGUCAAUAUUAUGACCUUAAUAAAAAAAAAAAAUGUAAGUAUGUAUAGGCGGGGUGUUUUUAACUGUGAUUAUUGUACAAAAUGAAAACAAAAAAUCUUGACCAAGAAGCACAUAAAGAUUGCAGCUCUUUUUUCCACCCGCUCAUUUUUUGUAAGAUAACAACGCAACAUACACACAAAAACACACACACAAAAAGUUAUCCCGCGGGACGCUCUCAAGCAAUUUUGAAGUCAAAACCAAGCUGUGAUAAGUGGAAUGGUUAACUGUUUAUAUACUGUGGUAUGUUUUUUGAUUACAGCAAGCAAUGCUUUUUCAGUGGUCUUUUACAAAAAUUUAAGGAAUCUAUGAGAUGCAAAUGUUUGUGUAGCAUCUUGUUUCGCUCACGCUCUUUUCCCUGUGUAAAGACUGGAGAAGCUUCGACCAGUUUAACUCGGAGUUGGAAUGUAACUUUGCUUACAAAAAAAAUGCUAUUAAACUCCUCUGCUUAAGGUGUUCUAAUUUUCUGUGAGCACACUAAAAGCGACAAUAAAUGUGAAUAAAAUUUUGA